GGACAAUCCGGAUGAGCCAGUUAAGUGUAUUAGAUUAGACACAGUUACAUAUGGCUUGAAAAGUUCAAGUUACUUAGCAACUCGUUGUAUAGAUGAGCUAGCAAAUAAAUAUGAAAAGUUAUACCCACUAGCUUCAUCCAUUAUCAAAAAUAAUCAGUAUGUUGAUGAUAUUAUAUAUAGUAAUAAUAAUUUAGAAACCACUGUCAGUGCCAGAGACCAACUUCGUGAUUUGCUUAAAUUAGGUAGUUUUAACACUCAUAAAUGGUCAUCAAAUAAUGAAAAUGUGUUGAGUACUAUACCAUCAAACGAAAGACAUUUUGAUAGUUUAGAAUUGCAAAAAGAUAAUUAUUAUAUGAAAGCCCUAGGACUUCAAAUAAAUGUAAAGGAUGAUCACUUUAUAAUCUCUACUCCAGAACCAUUUGAUACAAAAAAGGUUACAAAAAGGAGCAUACUUAGUUAUAUAGGUAGAUUCUAUGACCCAAUGGGAUUUGUGAGCCCAAUUGUGGUCACAGCAAAGGCCAUAAUGCAAAAAUUAUGGUUACUGAACACAGGUUGGAAUGACAGUCCGCCUGCAAAUGUUCAGCAAGAAUGGUUUAAUUUUACCAAUAAUUUAGCUGCAAUGCAGCCUAUCCUAUUAGAUAGGAAUAUUAGUGUUUCAGAAGGAGACUCGGCAGAUUUAAUCGGCUUUGCUGACGCUUCGAGUAAGACAGCCUACGGAUGCUGUGUGUACCUGCGAGUCACAGACCAAACAGGUACAACGAAAUUGCAUCUACUUUGUUCGAAGUCGCGAAUCAACCCUAUCCAAAGGAAAGGCAUGACUGUGCCAAGGCUUGAAUUGAAUGCUGCACUCUUGCUAUCAAAAUUGGUUUUGAGGACUCAUGAUACACUCAGAGUCAAAAUUAACAUCAGGCAUGUUUGUUUAUUCAGCGACUCUCAAAUCGUUCUUGCAUGGCUAACCACUGAGCUAACAAAACUUCAAGCUUACGUAUCGAACAGAGUAAGUGUAAUUCGUCAAAACACAUCUGGAUACAGUUGGCAUUAUGUCAAUACGCAUGACAAUCCUGCUGAUCUCAUUAGCCGAGGCGUCAACCCGAAUGAGCUGAGUAGCUGCGAUAUUUGGUGGAAUGGCCCUAAGUUCCUGCAAAACAACAAAAGGCCUUAGCAGCCAAGCAACUGAUGGGCUCCUUGCCGGCUGCACG